GAAAUAAAAGUUAUCGCUCAAUUGGAGUUUGCUGUAGAGAAACCAUAAAACACAAAUAAAAUUCAGAAAUAUUUAAGUUCUUAGAAACGACGCGUCCAUCAUGAAGAUAUUCCUUCUUAUAAUAAUUUACGUUGCAAUAAUCGUUAAUUGUGAUUAUGCAGAAGAAUCCGGGAAAAGAUUGCCGAAAAUGCACAGAAGUAUAAAAAUUUUCAAUCCAAGAAAGUUCUCGAGGUUAAAAAUGUCUCGAGCACUUGAGAGUCGCAAGGCAAAUAUGAAGACGAAUAAGGACAAUUUUUAUACAGUAUUUUCACCAAUGUCUAUAAAACUCAAAGAUAUACCUAAUAGCCCAUACUUUAAUGGUGAUGUUAAUGAUGGCUUUAAGACAAGAGUUAAAAAAGUAUUACCGGAGUUUGAACAUAAAAUACACAAAAGAUCAGCAACUGUUAAUGAAACAAAUUUAGAAACAAGAAGAAGUAAAUCUAAACUGCAUAGAACUAAACACAAACAUUCUGAAAACAAUACCGAUAAAGUAAAAUAUAGAUUGUCCAAAGACAAAAAACAUGAAAGGAAAUCUUCCAAACAUAAACACCACAAACGGCACCAUCAAAUGGAACUUCCAAGAGAAGCAAAUAAAACAAAAGAAUUAAGAAGUCAUAAGAAGAAAUCGAAAUCUCAUCAUUCGAGAAAAUUGAAAUCAAAAUCUUCAAGAAGGGACAAAGUGAAACUAUUGCAUGAAGAUAAAACGCUACGAAAUGGAAAAGCUCUAAUCCGUCGCAAGCGUCUAAUAGCAGCCAAGGAUGCUAUGAUAGAAGACUAUCCCUACGUAGUGUCCAUCCAAAAGGGACGAGAGCAUUGGUGUUCUGGGGCUCUGCUCAACCCACGACUCGUGGUCACCACUGCUAACUGUAUUUGGAAAUCCUUCCGUAUGAGUCGACUGAAGGUUCGAGCUGGAUCCCGUUACGUGGACCGAGGAGGUCAGCUGGCGAAGGUGCAGGAGGUGAUGAAGCAUCCAUACUGGAGCAUCCGGAAGAACCCUGACUAUGAUGUCGGUCUGUUGUACUUGGACAGGAAUAUUAGGUUUUCAGACAGCGUGCAUGCAGUUGACUUGCCCAAUGACGCCAUGUUACCCGCGUUUGAAGAUGCGUGGGUCACCAGCUGGGGAGCUGAAAGACGUGAUGGAGUAUUCGAGACCAAAGGCAUCACACUCCAAGUGUACCAUUCUCGGCUGAUCGACCUCGACAAAUGUAACAACGUGACACAACGCUUUGGGGUCGCGGUCACUAAUAACUUUAUAUGCUUGGCGCAGACUGGAAGGAGAGCACCUUGCACGCGUGACACAGGUGCUCCAGCAGUUAGCGAUGGAAUAGUUUGGGGUCUUGCUUCGUGGGGGCUACGAAAAUUAUGCGGUACAGAGCGCUAUCCAGCGAUGUUCUCAUACUUGGGGUCGCGAUCUAAUCUCGACUUCAUUACCAACGCUACACAUUACCUCCUGUCAGAAAAACGUUACUACCCCUACCCCGAUCGAUUCGUUCUUAACAAAGCUGAUACCACUAAGCCCCCCACUACUAGCAAUAUAAUGGAAUAUUAA